AGGGAUGGAAAGGGAGGGCUAGCAGAGCCCAGAAAGGGGUGUGCCCUGUGUCUGUUCCCAAGGGUGGAGCCAGCCAACAGGGUCACCCUGUCCCUUUAAGAGAAGGGGGAGAGCUAGCCCCUCUCAGCCAUCCUGUCCUGUCAUCAUCCCAGCCAAAUCCGAAAGGGAAAAUGAAAGAGGGACCAGGAGGAACAGGUCCCAGCCAUCUCCCAAGGUUCCUCGCUCAGCUCUAACACUCCAGCUCCAGCCACAAGCGCCAUGGGGGAGUGGACGGUCCUCGGCUCGCUGCUGGACCCCGUGCAGCUGCAGUUGCCGCUCGUGGGCCGCCUGUGGCUGGUGGUCAUGCUGAUCUUCCGCAUCCUGGUGCUGGCCACGGUGGGCGAAGCCGUGUUCGAGGACGAGCAGCAGGAGUUCGUGUGCAACACGCUGCAGCCGGGCUGUCGCCAGACCUGCUACGACCGUGCCUUUCCGGUCUCCCACUACCGCUUCUGGGUCUUCCACAUCCUGCUGCUCUCGGCGCCCCCGGUGCUGUUCAUCAUCUACUCCAUGCACCAGGCCAGCAAGGAGCAGGCCGGCGCGGACGCCGAGGCCGGGCUGCCGUGUGCCCGGGGCCGCCCCGAGGGCCCGUGCGCGCCCUGCGCCCUGCGCGCCCACCGCGCGCGCCGCUGCUACCUGCUCAACGUGGCGCUGCGCCUGCUGGCCGAGCUGGCCUUCCUGGGCGGCCAGACGCUGCUCUACGGCUUCCGCGUGGCCCCGCGCUUCGCGUGCGCCGGCCCGCCGUGCCCGCACACGGUGGACUGCUUCGUGAGCCGGCCCACCGAGAAGACCGUCUUCGUGGUCUUCUACUUCGCCGUGGGGCUGCUCUCGGCGCUGCUCAGCCUGGCGGAGCUGGGCUACCUGCUCUGCAAGGGCCGCCCGCGCGCCGGGCGCUCUCGCCAGGCGGCCCAGCGCGACAACCGCUGCAACCGCGCGCACGAGGAGGCGCAGAAGCUGCUCCCGCCGCCGGGGCCGCCGCCAGCCCUGCCCUCCCGGCGCCCGGGCCCCGACCCCUACGCCCCGCCCGCCUAUGCCCACCGGGCCGGCGACAGCGAGGGCGGCAGCGGCCGCAGCAAGGCGUCACUGGCCACUGUCCGCCAGGACCUGGCCAUCUAGAAGCGGCCACUGCCUCGGGCGGAGGGUGAGGUCAGAGGCCAGACGCUGCCACCCUGGGCCUCACCGCAGAAGCGAGAAGUGGCUUCCGCAAGAACUGCUCGCAGGACUCGGCGUGAGCAGGAGACACGCGGGGGACAUGGCCCGCAGGGC